AUGUCCAAGGCACACACACACUCACAAACACACACAUACAACUUAUCCUUCAUUUUAGACGAAUCAACAAUGUCAACGAUUAUAUUUCAAGAUAUCUCACAAGUACCGUCACCGUUGCAGAUCAAUGAUAGAUCCACACUCACUGGUAGAGAUCUGGCUAUUUUAGAAGCAUUCGAAAACGAACCAUGGAAUUCAGGGCCACCACCACUAGUGGAUCAGAAACUUAGUAGGCUCGAUAGAGAUCUACUUUUCCAAAUACUCAUGGUGGAAAACACUAGUAAGUCGAAAUUGAAUCAAGUGGAUGAUAUCAGGGCAAAAUUGGACCCAACUUUACAAAGGGUUGAUCGGCUAAAGACCACCCGGGAUAGGGUUGUCAUAAACCAAGUGGAUAUUGACAGUGAUGAACCAACAUCGGAAAAUGCAAGUACGAAUGCGCUUAACCAAUCCAGGGCAGUCUUCAGAUUAGUUUUACAAGAUAGGAAAGGCUCGCUUUUUUAUGCAAUAAAUUCGAGCCCAUUGUCUUGGCUACAAGUUUGCAUGUUAGGGUCAAAGGUAAUCAUAAAGAAGGGAUCAAUCUUCAACAGAGGUGUGUUUAUCCUACAAGAACCGAACGUGUUGUUUUUAGGUGGAAUAAAUAGAGCUUGGAAUGAGAAUAGAGAUGGAAAACUCUGUGAGUAUCUCGAAGCUAAACUGCAAAGAGAUGCUGAGGAUAUGAAACUUAAUGGCAGUAAGAAAAGAAAGAAUACGCGAUAA